UAAAAUAAACAAAAUUUAAAUGCACACAAGACACUUAGGAAAGUGGUGAUCCGGAAUUAGUGGAAUUCUAAGGAGUUCCUCGGUCCUCGGGUCCUCGGAUACCUGGGCAUAGAAAUGGAGCUCGGAAGAGAAUUCUUCGAAAGGACGUUAGAAUUGUCACGUAUGUGACUAAGAUUCACUCGCUGAGAAAGUGCCCCUCUAAUCGCAGGAUGCCAAUAAUCAAGAAGUUUUGCUAUUGUUUUAGUCUGAGAACUGGCGCCUUUACAAUUGCGUAUGCAGGUCUUACCAUGGAUUUAUUAGAUGCAAUAGCGGCUAUAUAUACUGAGAAUCACUAUUGCGGUGAUAUAAUACUCCUCGCGAUGAUUUCCACCGUUUGGAAUAUCCUUUCCGAAUUGGUUCUGUUGACUGCACUUUAUCGGGAUAAUCCGCACCUGCUUCCGGUCCACCUGGUGACUUGUCUUUGUGGCCUGAUAAUCGAAAUGAACAGCCACAUGCUCAUUGCCUCCCUCGGUGUAACCGACUACAUUUUGAUGUCCUACGCGUUCUUCUUGAUUGCCUUUGUAACUGCGGACGUCGUCAUCGUGCUGAGCUACUACCACUCGGAGGUUUAGUGGACCACUCCGAUUACCCAUUAACCCAGGCGGCCGACGGAGCGCAGCACGCAGCCAUUGGUGGUGCGCGAUUAGGCGCGAAAAUUUAUUUGGAAUAAAACGUUGCGCAAUCGGGCAUAAGCCGCGCAUAAAUCGUGGCCAAUUGUCACCAGCGGACUGGCAAGCGAACCUCAGCGACCUGCGUUUAAUUAUCGCCCGCCCGCCAGCGCCCGUCGAGCAACAUGCGUGCUAAUUGACCAGGCUGAAGCUCAACGCUGCUCCAAUCCGAAUCUGAAUCCGAAUCCGAAUGCGAAUGCGAGUACGAAUCCGACUCCGACUCCGAAUCCCAGUCGCGGUCCAAAUGUCCAAAUGAUAACCGCGACGAUGAAAACGCACGCUGAGCCAAAUGAAAAUUAUGUUGCAAUCGGGCAGGCGUGCUGCCCGCUGGCUGGUCACUGAACCGCAGUUUGCACCACCAUCCAUCCAUGGGGCUUAAUUAAUUUCCUUGAUUAAUUGAAAGUGCGCCUUGCUUGCUGU